UAUAAUAUCUGUCCGUGAUAAAUAUGAAAUAUCGAUCAGCGCCCAGUGGCCAUAGUUUGCCAGCUCACUUAAUAAUUUGGGCUUUGGGCACAAUGGGCACAUCAAUCAACUCGUCGCUUUUAAUAAUAUGUGCGUCAAAUUAUUUACCUUUACACGGACGCAAUGGGCAAUCAUUAACAUAAUAUUAUAGGUAUAUUAUGCUACUAGAUAUCUAAGGACUAAGARUAACAUUGGACUUCCGUAUUUUAAUCAUGGUCAUGGAUAAAUGCAGACCAACACGACUCCACGAGUUUGAAACGUGAGGCAGUUUAUAUUAUUAAUGUUUUCUGCGUGAUCUGUUGUUCAUGUUAACAAAUGAGCAAUGGCUCAACAACUGUCUGGUGUCACGGUGGUGAUAUUUAUAGCUGGUGGAAUAUUGACUUUUAUAUUGCUGUUCAUAUUUGCCAAGAGGCAGAUCAUGAGAUUUGCACUGCGAUCGAGAAGAGGKCCGCAUGUGCCAAUUGGACAUGAUGGGAAAAAAACACUGAAAAGAGAAAUUGAACGGCGAAUAGAAGUGGUUCCAAAAAUUGCUUUUGAACCAAAAUUAAUGACAACUGAUCAAGACGAUGACCAUUCUAAAUAUAUAUUACCACCAGCAGAAUCUAAUGACAAACCAUUGUUGUCUCACCAUUUCCGUAUGAAAGCAGUUGAUGAUGUCAAAAAGUUAGAACGUGAAAUUUCCAAACAAGAUAAAACAUUGACUCGUCAUCCUAACGAAAAUAUUCGUUCAUUUUUACUUAAUACAUUAGCAGUACUUUUGGAUGGUAGUGGACAGCACAUAGUUCAUCAAUUCUGUGAUCUCUAUGAACAUGCUCGUUAUGAUCCAAAUGAAUUUUUGGAUGAAGAAUACCAAUCCUUUUUAAGAUUAAUGAAAAAACUAAUUGAUAUUGCUAAAUUAUUGAAAUCGUAUUCUGGUGAAAGUCGAAAAAACAGUCCCAAUAAAACUCCAACUCGUAACAACAAUAUGCGAACUGUUACUAAUGAAGGUAUUAGAACAAAAGACAGGGAUUUGAACCGCUUAAAAGUUUUAUAAGAACUGAGAAGUAAAUAUAUUUUUAUGCAAUAAAUUAAUUUGGAUAAAAUAAUUUGUUA